CUUCUAGCGACUUUAUUGAAAUUGGUCUGAGCCAUAGAGAUUGUAUCUUGACCGUUUACGACCUCGACAUACGCACACGCGCAGAAAUGAACACCUUGCUUCCCAAACAAAACAGGCUCGAGUCCUUCUGGCUCUCCGAAAGAGACCCAUCUCUCUCUCACGUUCGCUCGAGCGAAACGCUCCCGACGCGGGCCGAUAUCGUCAUCGUUGGUUCCGGGAUCUCAGGAGCGUUGAUCGCCAGGGAAAUUUAUGCUCAAUGGAAAGAGCAAGGAGAAAAUGAAGAUGCAGAUGAUCUCGCUUACCCGACUGUAGUCAUGCUGGAGGCAGGAGAGACAUGCGGGGGAGCGACUGCAAGAAAUGGUGGUCACUGUAAACCGCUGACCUAUCUUGGGUUCCGGUCCGAAAGUCUUAAACGUGGAGCCAAAAUCGCGAACGCCAUGUACGAUUUCGAAGGCUCCCACCUCUCUCGCUACGUCCGGAUUGUUCAAGAGGAAGAACUCGAUUGUGACCUCGUCGUCACCCGUGCUUUCGACGUCUUGUUCGAUGCAUCGGAUGCGGAGAACGCUAAGAAGGAUUACGAUGCCCGAAGAGAGACGUUCCCCGAGAGCAUCAGAAAGGGUGAUGUCGUCAGUGUCGAGGAUCCCGAAGAGUUGAAACGGUUGUCAGGAGUCAGAGGCGGGAAAUGGGGUUGUCAUUAUCCAGCUGGACACCUCUGGCCUUAUAAGUUAGCGACUCAACUGAUCCAGAAACAGCUCGAUAAGGGUAUGACGCUACACACUUUUACGCCGGUUGUAUCGCUCGAGCAACACUUGUCCUCCUCUUCCACAAUGGUAGUCACCUCUCGAGGUAACAUCACCGCGAAAGCGGUUAUCAUUGCCUCUAAUGGCUACACCGCUGGUAUUCUUCCCGAAUUCAAAGACCGCAUCAUUCCCGUCAGAGGGACCGCUUGCUCGGUCACACCGCCAAGCUCACAUUCGCUCGGCUGCUCUCCUGGACCACUGAAAUACACGUAUGGACUCCGGUUCAGGCAAGGCGAGAUGGAUUACAUGAUCCCGAGACAGGGGAGGGGAAAGAUACCGGGAGUAGGAGAUCGAAGCAUCAUUCUCGGAGGAGCCAAAGGGUGUUAUCUGAAAGAUACCGAGAGCUGGUACGACAACAUCCACGACGAUGUGGAGAUGCCUGGGGCGAGGGAAUAUUUCCAGGGUUACAUGCGUAAACACUUUGUCGGUUGGGAGGGGGAGAAUGACAAGGGCAACGUCGAUCAAGUCUGGUCUGGAGUUCUGGGGUACUCGAGCGAUCUUCUUCCUUUUGUUGGAGAGAUGCCGGGUAGAGAGGGUAUCUUCAUAAGUGCGGGUUUCACGGGCCAUGGGAUGCCCAGGAUACCAGCUUGCUCCGAAGCGAUCGCGCACCUCGUCGUCAGUCACGUGCGGACGGGUCGUAUACAAGACUCCGCGAGAGCGGCUUUCGAGGGGAUCAUCCCUCAACCGUAUCUGUUGACACGGGAUAGGUUGGACUGCGAGGAUAACCUGAUCUUGGGAGCGAUGGGUCAGGUCGCCAGUAAAACCGUAACGACAGCGGUCGACGAGUUGGCCGGUCUGCAGAUCGCGGAGGAGAAAGAGUCGUAUUAAGGGAUCGCACGCAAGGACGUAAUUCUGGCGAGAAGAUGUCGAUCUAUCAGAGGCUACGAAUCAUUCAUGUGUCGCAGUUUGUAUA